AAUAAAAAAUAACUUUUUACUCUUUUUUAAGAUAAAAUUCACAUUUUUUCAAAAAAAAAAUUACACAGAAGUUAUGUAUUUAACAUUUAUACGAAUAAUUUCUCCUACUUAAAAUGUCGGUAUUUUUCAUUUUACAUGAUAAUGGUGCCAAUUGUCAUGCGUGUGGUCUGUUAUGUUCUGUCAAAGUGAAUGAGGCCAGGCUGGCACCCUUUCACAUGAUUGAGGUGGGUCUCCAUCUCCUCUGUCCGUCCACAUGCGGUCUCAAUGCCUCCCAUGCACUCCCCUACCCUCACUUAUUCUAUUCCCUUUUAUUUCUCCAUCACCCCAAGUUUCACGCACACUCCCCUGCCACCCUCCAAAACCCAUCCACGUUUCAUAACUGGCAAACGCCUCCCCUCCCCCAUGCCACAUCCGUGUAACCCAAUGUCAAUUUAUCGAACGCGUUCUCUCAUUUUGUCCUUGCACUUAUCAAUUCUCAACAAAUGUAAGCAAACAAUCCCACACUGAUACUUAAUUGUUAGAUUCUUUGGCUCUCUCUCUCUCUCUGUGACAGGGGCCGUUUCAAACACUUCUGUCGGCGAUACACGUUAUUAAUCAUAUUGAAAUGGAGAAUAAUUACCAAUUUAGUGGAUAUUAAUAUUAUUAUAUUUCUUUCUCCUUGAUUCCUUUGCUGAGCUUGAUUUUUGCUUGAUUGCAUGGCAACUGGCAAGCUGUAUUUUUUUUUGUUUUAUUAUUCUUUUUUUUUUUUUUUUGGUACUACAAUUGUUUUGCUUGCCAUAUAAAAGCAUUAGUCUCUCCUGUCAUGUACAUAAUUAAUGCUUAUAAUAAGCACCCAUACAUACUUGCACAGAGGUCCCCUGUUUUUGUGGGUGGUUCCUCUUCUACUUCUCCAGUUCCCCUGCCUCUCUCUUUUUUCUCUCUGUUUCUCUGCUGCUGUUUUGCUCUUUCUUGCCUCUUGGUGUUCUGGGCUUCACCGCGUCCAGUUCUUGUCUCUUUGGUCACUGGCUGCUGCUGAGGCUUUUGUCUCAUGAAGAUCCUAGUAUUUAUUCAAGUUUAUCUUUAUUGGUGGUGGCCGUUGCAGAUGUUUCGAUCUAAUAUUGCUGUUUUUUUUGUUUUUUUUUUGUUUUGCUUAAAAGAUGAUCUUUGAUAUUGAAUAUGUUUUAUAAUCACAGUUUUCGUGAUCUUGCAAACUUCUCGAUUCAGAUGUUUGAAAUCCAAUAACGGUGUUGAGUCUAUUUGUGUUUGAUCUGUGUGUCCUUUGGAUCGAAUUCUUGGUUUUUCGUUUGUUGGUACACCUUUUUUUUGUUUCUCAUUUCCUUUCCGAAUAAGUUACUAGAAAUUAUAAAUUUGUACCCCUAGAAAGUCUUCCGAGUAUCAGUUGCUGGCCACUUUAUUUGUUGUUCUCCCGCCUUCCAGGUGGCACUGCUCUUGCUGCUGGCACUCAGCAAUGCUGUCAAAACCAAUGGAGAUAAGAGUGAUGGACAGUGUGAUUAUAAGCUGACAUUGGAGCCAAGACCACAUAGUGUGUCUAUCUUGGAGUUUGGUGCUGUGGGAGAUGGUAAAACAUUGAAUACCUUAGCCUUCCGGAAUGCCAUUUUCUAUCUCAAGUCCUUCGCUGAUAAAGGUGGUGCUCAGCUCUAUGUGCCACCGGGAAGGUGGCUUACAGGAAGCUUCAAUCUUACCAGCCACCUUACACUCUUCUUGGAAAAAGGUGCUGUCAUUCUUGGAUCUCAGCCUUGGAUUUUCACACACACUGUCAUUUGUUAAGGACCCAUCGCAUUGGGAAGUUGUUGAACCCUUACCAUCAUACGGUAGGGGGGUGGAUGUUCCCGGAAGAAGAUAUCGAAGCUUGGUAAAUGGAUAUAUGUUACUUGACGUGGUGAUUACAGGUGAUAAUGGAACCAUUGAUGGCCAGGGCUCAGUUUGGUGGGAUUGGUAUAAUUAUCAUUCUUUGAACUACAGCCGCCCUCAUCUUGUGGAGUUUGUGGCGUCUGAAUAUGUAGUAGUUUCAAAUCUUACUUUCUUGAAUGCCCCUGCAUAUAACAUCCAUCCAGUCUAUUGCAGUAACGUGCAUGUUCAGAAUGUCUCUAUCUCUGCUCCCCCUGAUUCCCCCUACACCGUUGGUGUAGUUCCAGACUCCUCAGAUAAUGUGUGCAUAGAGGAUUGCAUCAUCGAUAUGGGCUAUGAUGCCAUUGCCCUCAAGAGUGGUUGGGAUGAGUAUGGUAUUGCUUAUGGGAGACCCACCACUAAUGUACACAUCAGAAGGGUCCGCCUAAAAUCAUAUUCGGGUUCUUCCCUUGCUUUUGGUAGUGAGAUGUCUGGUGGCAUUUCGGAUGUGCAUGUUGAGCAGGUCUAUCUAUACAACUCAUUUGGCGGGAUUGAGUUUAGAACCAUCAAGGGCAGAGGUGGUUACAUUAAGAGAAUCAUUAUAUCAGAUGUUGAAAUGGCAAACAUCUUCUUGGCAUUUGCUGCCACUGGUCAGUGCGGGUCCCAUCCAGACAACAACUAUGAUCCUAAUGCUCUCCCAGUUUUUGACCACAUCACCUUGCAAGAUGUGAUUGGCACAAACAUCACAAUUGCUGGAAGCUUUACAGGUAUACAAGAAUCUCCUUUUACUUCUAUCUGUCUAUUCAAUGUCUCCUUCUCAAUUAGUUCUGGAUCCCCCACUUCUUGGGUAUGUUCCAAUGUCUUUGGCUUUUCGGAGUCCGUGUUCCCUGAACCUUGCCCUGAACUUCAGAGCUCAUAUCCAAAUUCUUCCUCAACUUGCCUUUCCCUCCUGCAUUUCAAUGGAGAAUUUGCAGUCUUAUGAUGCCUUUCCCUCCUCCAUACUACUACAAUCAUACUUUUCAGCACCACUUUACAAUGAGGAAGAAAGCAGAUAUUCUCCUACCUUUUACCAUUUCAAAUUAGGCCACAUUCUUUCCAAUAAGAAACAUGUCUACACUAUUUUCUCCAUAUCCUAUAUUUGCGUUUUUGUAUGUUGAGAUAUGCAGCUUAUUUGUACAGAUUCAUUUCUUCAUUCAUGUGUAAGGAAAUUUUUGAUAGUGAUGGUGCAUAGGUACAUUGAUGUUGUUAGUAUUACAGUGCAAUUUCAUUGUAAAAUGUUUAUUUGAUGUGGAGUUACAUGUCAUAUGCGAUGGUACAUAUGAAAGGAAAUUUCAAGAGGAGCCAUGUGAUUUGAAUAGAGGAUUUGGACUAUCAAAGCAAAGAUAUACUGGAUGAGUUUAUUAAUUUUUA